GAAUCAAAUUAAAUGGCGAAGAUAGAGUAAAUACGACGCUCCUCAACAUUAAUCAAGAAAGUGACAGUUAUUAACAGUCUUCCUGCUCCGAAAGGAAUGUUGUGCUUUGGAACUUGUAGUCCGUUUUCUUAAAGUCUGCUUUGACGCGGUAAGCGGAGGCUUUGAAAAAACUACAACUCCCAUAACCCCACCGCACAAACGCAGCCAGCAUCCCGUUCAAAGUGCAUAGAUUCUCUGUUUUGGUUCACGUAGAGAACGGAAAGAGUUAGCUUUUGCAGUCUCGCGGCUUGAAUUCAGUAUUUAUUCCACGUUACAGGCCUUCAACACAUUGCUAGAUAAUAAAAGAGCAUAAACGGCUCGUUCGAAGGCCUGUUAUCUUCUGUCCGCGAGACGGGGGAGUGUCUGGAAUUGGACAUUUAGCUUGUGAGCUAACGUCAGCAGCAUCAGGUUGACCCAUGUCCUCUGAGGAGGCUCUCGGCUCCGCGCUCUCACACUGGCUCUCCUUUAACUCCUGGUGGCUGCUUCUGCCUUUCGUCAUGCUCCUGGUAGUAGCUGCUUUCAUCGUGGCCUUCGUGCUGCUGCUGUACAUGAUAUCUCCGUUAAUAAGCCCCAAACCUCUCAAACUGAACGGGGCCCAUGUGGUGGUGACCGGAGGCAGCAGUGGGAUCGGGAAGUGUAUUGCCAUGGAAUGCUACAAACACGGUGCCUUCAUUACUCUGGUGGCACGGGAUGAGCACAAACUGGUUCAAGCCAAGAAAGAAGUGGAGAAAUGUGCCAUAAACGAUAAGCAAGUGGUGCUUUGCAUUUCUGUCGACGUGUCAAAAGACUACAAUCAGGUGGAGAGCGUCAUAAAACAGGCUCAAGAGAAGCUGGGUCCCGUGGACAUGCUGGUAAACUGCGCCGGGUCGUCUAUAUCUGGGAAGUUUGAGGAAGUGGAAGUCGACCGCUUCAAGAAACUGAUGGAGGUGAACUAUCUGGGCAGCGUUUACCCCACCCGGGCAGUGAUCACCACUAUGAAGGAAAGGCGGAUGGGCCGCAUCAUGUUUGUGUCGUCACAGGCAGGGCAGAUCGGCCUCUUUGGCUACACGGCCUACUCACCGUCCAAAUUCGCCCUGCGUGGUCUGGCUGAGGCCUUACAGAUGGAGAUGAAGCCCUAUAAUAUCUAUGUAACUGUGGCGUAUCCUCCAGACACGGACACUCCAGGUUUUGCGGAAGAGAAUAAGACUAAGCCUCUGGAGACAAAGUUAAUUUCAGAAACAUCUGGAGUGUGUCAGCCUGAGCAAGUAGCAAAAAUUGUGGUGAAGGAUGCGGUGCAGGGAAAUUUCACCAGCUCUUUUGGACCCGAUGGCUACAUGCUGUCAGCGCUGACCUGUGGGAUGUCACCGGUCACCUCCAUCACCGAGGGGCUUCAGCAGAUCGUGACGAUGGGGUUGUUCCGCACCAUCGCUCUCUUCUAUCUGGGCAGCUUCGACAGCAUCGUCCGUCGCUGCAUGAUCCAGAGAGAACAGUCCAAAGCAGCCGACAAGAGGGAGUAGAACCAGCAUUCCCAGCACAUGCACCUCCAUCACCUCCGUCAGCACCACUAACACACGCACACACGUACACACACACACACACACUGCAGAUUUUUUCCAGUAGACCCGUAAUAGGCGUCCAUCUUUCAUGACGCGUCUUUCAGGACCCCGAUCAUUCCAGUGCAUGCUGCAUCGAUAUUUCAAGCUCUUUAAAACGAAACCUUUUUUUGCAUUUAAACGAUUCACUCGUUGGCUCUCACUGCCUCUAGUACAUUCUCUCGUUUCUGAACGUUUGUGGUCGCUCUCAAAACCACACACACACUAUCUGAGUUCUUGUUCUAGCCUGUUGGCGUAAUGUUAUUACAGCACUACAAUUCAGUACACUUUUAUUUAUAUUGAGAUGUUACCAUUUGCCGUAUAGGUAAAAAAAAAAAAAAAAAUCUGUAUAGGUGAAGAACAACAACUUCACUUCCUUAUGUUACAGUGAGGUGAAGAGCUGUUCUUCUAACUGGUCUGUGAUGUUCGUAGUCAAGCACUGUAUCUUCCUGCUUUUAGAUUUCAUAGUUUUAAGGUACGGACACAGGACAUCUGUGUUUUCGGAUGAAACAGCCUGAGUCUGCCACUCUGCCUUAUCUUCUUUGCUCUGUGUGGGGUUUCUGAAGGAAAUGUUUACCUUAUAAAUGUGCGAGUGUGUAUGUGUAUUUGUCUGCUCGUACGCAUGCGUUUAGGUGACCUCAGGGGCUUCUAAGAGUUCACUGAACCGAAGGAUGGGUCAGGAUAAGCCAUUGCGUCAGUGAAAGGCUCGCCGGCUCGAGCCACUGCACCUCUCCGCCGGCAGGUGGAGCUGGAGAUCCAAACGGAUCGGGUGUAAGCUGAGCAAAAGCCUACGUGUGAGGCAGCUCGCGUUAAAAAGCUGAUCUAGAAUCGGUCGUAGUCGGAUGCUUCGACGUCCGCAACCCCCAGAACUCCGCAGGAUCGAAGGUGAAUCAAUGCGAGCUCCCGCAGGCAUUUCAAAACUGUAGAUGUCGUGAAGCUUGAUCAGAUUUGUACGCCAAAACAAGCAAUAUGGCUUCCCACAAGUCAAGUGAAUUUCCUCGUGCUCUCUUGCUCUGUCGUAAUGCAUAUAAACCGUUUUCUGAUAUAGGCCUUCCAAACUCGCCCCUUGUCCUCGUCGCAAGUCGUACCUUAACACAAUAGCUAGAGAGGAGACCACACUUACUCACGCUGUUGUAAUAUUUGCCUUCCUCACUGUCACAAGCAAACGGGGAGCAUGUGAUGUGAUCACACAGUUACACGAGCGGAUGUUCAUGAGGAGUCGAUUGAAAGUGAUAGUUCACCCAAAAAUGUACGUUCUGUUAUUUACUCGGACCCGUAGGACUUUCUGUUCUUGGUAGGACACAAAAGGAGAAGUUUAGCGGGAUGCUACCUCUUUCCUCCUCCUGCAGUAAAACGUGAUUAGGCUCCAAAAUAAACGAAACAUUGUAAGAGCGAUCCAUAUGAGAUCAAAUAUUGAAAUUUCUUCUUAAAAGCAUGAUUGAUUUGUGUGAGAAAAGUAUACUUUACUUGAAGCUGAACUCAAUACUCAACUCUCAAGACCUCAAAUAUAUUGUGCACGAUUAACAUCUGCUUCAAUUUUUUCGUAAUCAUUUGUCUAAAUUUCUCUUUCAAUCCACAGAACAAAGAAAAUCCUAUAGUUGUCACGAGUCUGAAUAAAUAAUGACAGCAUUUUCAUUUUUGGCUGAAGCAACGCUUUCAUUCAGUACAGCUUUUUUUUUUUUUUUUUUUUUUAAUGCUGCUCCGCUUUCCCUAGAACAUACCUGCAAACUCGUCCGCUUUGUUUUUUCGUCUCGCCUACAUAUGAAGCCUAAUAGUGAUCAUAAGCCCAGCCGCUGCAUUUCUGCUUCCUCGCAAUGCAGCCAUUUAAUAGCUUGUAAUGUGGUUAACUGUUGCUGUUUUAGUCAGAACUGUAACUUGUUUAAAUGAUAGUUUUGUGGUCAUUUUAGGGUUCACCAUACACAUCGGUGUCGCUACCUAAACAACACGUAGUUCUAUUCCCUAAACACCCUUUUUCCAUUCCCUGUCACUUUUUUUCCGCCAGGCCAGAGUUUGCAGGUAAACCCUUGACCGAUGCAGUCAGGUUCUACAGUCACGGAGGCCCAUUUUCAAGCCUUAAGAGAUCCAAACACAGACCACUACAAAAGCUAUAAGGGUUGAUACCUCCACAUCCAACUAUGGCAUAGAUUGUGUAUGGUUUACGUGUAUUCGUUUCAGUACGGAAAGAAAAGUGCAUCGUUUUUGCUUGUUUUCGUUCGUUUGUACAUUAUUUCCUAUGGAUAUUUUUUUUUUACAAAAAGACCCAAAAUAUGAAAAUGAGAAUGCAUGAGUCAAAACGACGAUGUUCUCAUUUGAUAUUGGCUCGAAGCACGUCGUCCGGCACGUAGUAGCUGUAAGUUAUGUGUCGGACGUACGAUUCGGUCGUGCCCUCUUCCAUCACACGCGGACAAAGUCAUUCGUUUUAGUCGUUAAGAAGCUAACAGUAGAGAAAUUGUUCCUUAACUCCUUAAAGCUAUGCAAAUCAAGCCUGUGCUCACGAUUCAUUCAAACACACAAGAGGACACUAGCGCUUUUUUUUUUUUUUUUUAAGUUGUCUGUAGUUCAGUCUUUUAUUGACUGAAGUCGAGAUAUUCCCGAGAAUAAGAUGUAUAGUUUGAGUUACUUUUAAAAGAAAGACCAAGACCGAACUUGGAUGCAUUCCGCUUCUGUGUUUUGUAAGUUUCUUUUUUUUUUUCCUUAUUCAUUUGUUGCCAAACUUGCAUAAAUUUCACCUUGUGUGCCAUGGGAGAAAAAAAAGGAUGUUGUUGCUUUUGUCUUAUUUUCUUACAUAAUGAAAAUAAAUAACUUUUGAAAGGUAA